GGGAUGAGGCCUAGGGCCAAUCCUGGAAAAGUAGGCGGACCGUUCUAUGGACUACUUUCUGGAGAACGGGCCUGCGCUUUCGGGGGUGGCUCUGGAAAGGGGUGGAAGGGGGUUGUCAACCCCUCUCCAGUGGCGUGUCGUUAAGCGCGAUGAGUUCGUAUACGCCAGUGUCCCACUGAAGCCGGUCUGAGUGUGCAAUGUUAGAGUUCAUUCCUUGCAGUAUGGUGCAAAGUAUGGAGAAUAUUCGCCCUUGCAACGCCGGUUCAGAUGUAACUAGCGUUCAAGGGAAGUGCGACAAGACGUAUGAGAUGUGCGAAGGAUGCGGUCAGAAGAUCCACGACAGGUACCUCAUGAGAGUGGCAGACGGUAGCUGGCACGAACACUGCCUUUCUUGUACCGUGUGCGGAGCGCUUCUGUCCCAUUCGUGCUACUGCAGAAACGGCAAACUCUACUGUAAACCCGAUUACGACAGACUGUUCGGGGUGAAGUGUUCGAGAUGCGGUGAUCGACUGCAUCCUCACGAGAUGGUAAUGCGGGCCCAGACGCAUGUUUUCCACUUGCCGUGUUUUACCUGCGUCGUCUGUUGUCAACCGCUGCAAAAGGGUGAACAGUUUGUCCUAAGGAGCGGCCAACUUUUCUGCCGCCAGGACUUUGAAAAGGAAAUGUUCAUACUUCAACAAUCCACGUCGCCGUCUGACGAGAUGCUGAUGGACGAAAACAGCCGGCCAAGAGACGGAAGACGUGGACCGAAAAGACCGAGAACUAUAUUGACCUCAGCUCAAAGAAGACAGUUCAAAGCAUCCUUUGAAGUCAGUCCAAAGCCAUGUCGAAAGGUAAGAGAAGCAUUGGCAAAGGAGACUGGUCUGAGCGUGAGAGUCGUCCAAGUCUGGUUUCAAAAUCAAAGAGCUAAAAUGAAGAAGAUACAAAGAAAGGCGAAACAAGAUUCAGAUAAAUCGCCUGGAGAUAAGGAUGAUAAAAGGGACAAAUGUAUAAAGCAAGAGCCUUUAUCGAACGAUCACAGUCAUUAUCUGGGUUUGAACGCGCUGAGUAUGCACGACUCAUCUGACUCCGCAUAUCCAACGUCGAGCAGCCAACCCCUUAAUCCGAAUCAUCCGUAUUCACCUGACGACAACUAUCCAGCACAUUCCGGCGAGAGUUUCUGCAGUUCUGACAUCUCUUUGGACGACAGCACAAACCUCGAUGAGGGCGGCUCGGAUACCUUGUCCCUUGAACUGGGGCCACCACCGAGUCACGAAGGGAUGCUCCACAACCCGAUGGGUCAUAUUAAUCCAAUCGACAAGCUUUACCUUAUGCAAAAUUCAUAUUUUAGCAGUAACGAACAGUAACAGGAAAGACUAACAAGCUGAUGAAAACAAGCUUCAUAUGCAGUUGAAAAAAUUUUUUAAUACAGUUUAACAUAAUUCUCUCUGCUCAAAUUUUGCCAAAUGCUUUUUCCUUUAAUUCUUCUUAUUUUAAUUGUAUUCUGUGAUUGCAUUUGGCACAAUGAUCAAAUUUAUUCUUCUUUAAUCUUGUCUUAAAACAAAAAUUAUCAAAACGGUACCAUAUAAGUUUUCAAUUGAAGUAACACCCAAUUUUUUAACUUAACAGCCUUUUUCAAAUUUAAAUGUUUACAUACUAUAUUUAAUAGUGACAUCAAUAUUUUAAAUUGUAAUGGCAGAGGGACCAACACCUUUCAUACUUGGUUUCGCGUCCAUAAAUGCAGACUUCUGGAAUAACAUAAACAUUUUAUUUUCAAAAUUUAGUAUCCAAAUCAUACAAAUUUAGGCACUAGUCAAAACAUAUGUAUAACUAGUACAAAAUGCCACUCGAACUUUUAAUACAUUUUAUAUUGUGUAUAAAAUAAAUGUUCUAUGUAAUGUACAUUAAGUUAUGAUGUUCAAUGUUUAAACAAUGUAAAUACAAUUUCAAUUUAUUUAUAAAUGUUAUGCAUUUUGUAAAUACAUAAAUAUAUAGAUUGUUGUUAUAAGAGAGAAAGCACAAGAUGUACAUAGGCUACUACAUCUAUUAAUCAAGCUGAAUAUGUAUCGAUGACGAAUUUGCUUGAGCACAAAUAAAACUGUAAUAAA